GGAAGGGGGGGGGGAAGCGUCCGGACUGGAAGGGGGGGGGGAAGUGUCCGGACUGGAAGAGGGGGAAAGCGUCCGGACUGGAAGGGGGUUGAAAGCGUCCGGACUGGAAGGGGGUUGAAAGCGUCCGGACUGGAAGGGGGUGGGGGGGGGGAAGUGUCCGAACUGGAAGGGGGGAAAGUGUCCGGACUGGAAGGGGGGGAAGUGUCCGGACAGGAAGGGGGGGAAAGUAUCCGGAGUGGAAGGGGGGGGGAAGUGUCCGGACUGGAAGGGGGGGGGGGGGGAAGUGUCCGGACUGGAAGGGGGUGAAAGUGUCCGGACUGGAAGGGGGGGAAAGUGUCCGGACAGGAAUGGGGGGGAAAGUGUCCGGACUGGAAGGGGGUGAAAG